AUGCGGCCUGCAGUCAGCCAACAGAAUCUCUACCUCGUGGGAUACUCACAGAAACUGUCCAAGUACAAUGUGGGGUGCGUCAGAACAAGAUACCUAUACAAAAAUGGCGAUUGGGUGAAGAGGAGUCUGACUUACGUGUUUACCUUUGAAACAGAACCUUGGCAAACACAGUCCGCAGCUAUUGAUGUCCAAUGGAAACCAUAUGCUGCACUGCUGCAUGUGAAGGCUUCAGAUUACGUGCAAAGAAAUUUGGGGGCAAAGCCGACAUACGUAAUACGGACAUACGGCGACAAUUUUUUACUUCUUUCAGAUCUGAAUGAGGUGCCAUCGACAUGCUCACUCUGGGUGACAAUAGACAAUGUGGAGAUUAUCCCAGAGACAAUAAACAGAACAUUUUAUACGAUCUGCCCAGAUCCUGUCUACGUUCCGUUUAACCAGAAGUGCUUUUCAUAA